UAUUUGCAUUCGUACGUGCAUGUUGUUUGAGUAACAUAAUAAAACAAAGAUUUAAUAGUACCUUCUGAUCAACGAUGCUAAAUUAAUAUUGGUAAAGAUUGUUUAUAGAGUAAAUACUUAACGCGUUUCAACUUUCGUUUCCGAAACAGUGAGAAAUGUGAUUUUUAGAUUUAACAUGUUAAAAAGGAGUCAUUCGAGAAGGAAAAGCGACAGAGAUGUUGUAUUAGUACACGAGGAUAACAAACUAAAGCCGUUUCAGGAUUACUUUACCGUACAAGCGUUUUUUGUUGAAAAAAUCAAACGCGAAGCAAAAUAUCGAGUUUUAUAUACUGAUAUACUUGAAUUUACUGAAUACCAUAUUCAUUCCGUUGUAACUGUGGAAGAUUAUGUCGAAAUCAGCGACGUUAUGACUGAUAGUAACGGACGGCAAUUUUUUUACGAAUAAGGUUUUUAUAUUUCGAACACGCGCACAUAUAAACACACACGCACACACAGUUUGAAGUAGUUAUCACCGUUAGAAUUAAUUCAGGGUAAUAUGGCCACAGAAGAUUUUAAAUGUUUUAUAACGGUUAAUGACGUUAUUGAUGUGUUGGAAAAUUACACUGUUUCAGAGACGACAGUGUUCAAUUACAUUGUGAAAUCAGAGAUUUUUGAUAUAGAGCAUACUGCGGAACACGUGACUCUCUAUCAGCAUCUGUAUGAUGACGGAGUUUUACUUGCCUGUCAUCAAAAAUUUAAACGACGAGGAGGAAAGGAAGGCAAGAAGGAUACCAAAACCCAGAGCGAUUCGUCACGUCGUUCAGCUCAAAAGGAAAAGAAAGAAGCUAGUGGUGUCCGUAAACGAGGAAAGAAAAAUGAUCAACUAGAAAAGUCGACUGAAGAAAUGGGUAUAUUUCAAAGCAAAGCUCCAACUAAAGACGCAAAAAAAUCUUUACAGCACGAGCCUGUACAAUUAACCAUAACCGUUCAAAAUAAACCUUUAAAUGGAAGUUUAGAUUUUAAAAUAGAGAAAAGUAAAGAUAAGCAGGAUUCUAUUACAUCAUCUUAUCCUGCUACAAAGAAUGACAAGAAACUACAAAAUGAAACGAUGACAAAUCAUGGCAAGGACAUUCUUUCAAAUACGUCACAAGGUGCAAUUAAUGGCAUUAAUUAUCCCCUGGUUGUAAAAAAUGCUGAGAAAAACGUUGUAACCUCAGAGAAGUCAUUAAAACAAAGUAAGAUAGUUGACAUAGGUGAUGAAAACUGUCACAUUGGUUUAAUAAGUGAUAGUGCAAAGACUGUAGACACUAAAGUGGAAACUUCCAAAGAAAAUAAUAUAACUAACAGUAUUGAAGAAGAAUAUAAGAUGCGAUAUACUGUUGAUGAUGCAAGAAUAGGUAUUAAUUUGAAAAGUCUUCCACAAAGAGAUUAUAUUAAAGAGGAAACCUAUUUAACUAUUGAAGAAAAGGUUGUAUGCGAAGAGUAUGAUGAUGGAAUGCGGGUCACAAAAACUAUUAUAACCGAAAUACCAGAAACACAGAAAGAAUCUAAGAUUGAUAAGACUGAAAAUUUUAAAAAUAUAUUAGACACUAAACUGAAUAUUCAAGAGUUUGCAGAUGAAAUGUCGUCUUCUGUUUUACAGUCAGCCUUCGAGAAGUCCACUCACAUAUCGGAGGAAACUUCGAAAUUUAUAUUAAAUAAAGAAAUGGAUAAAAUGAAGUUCGAAAAACGCCCAAGGGACAUCUGCAAGUUUAAAAUGUUUGUGUUAAACAAAUAUGCUGAAAGACUUUUAGCAAAAACAAUGAAAACCUCAGUCAACGAUGCUAUUCCUGAGUUAAAACAAAAAGCAAUUUUCUCUACAAUUUAUGCUAAUUCACUGGCAAAUGGAAUUAUAAACGAGGUAUUACAACAGAAUAUGCAACAAACAAAAAAUACUACCAUAAACAAUAUUGAUUCUAAUGAAAAUACUAAAAAUUUUACUAUUGAUGUUGAUUCAAACUUUUCAGACCUGAUCUCAGACAAACAACUGGACUCAUUUGCUAACGAACUGGUAGAAAUAUUGUUAAACAAUGAUACCUUAACAAAAGAAAUUAAAGUUUUACAAAGCGAAACGGAUAGAGUACAUGAUGUAAGCGACAACAUUAGCAAAAAAAUAAUAAACAUGACCUUUCAAGACCUAGAAAAUAAAAACUUUCAAGAACCAAUAUCUGUAGAACACGACAAGAAAGAUGAGCAGUUAUAUAAUGGAACUCAUACAGACGAACAAAUUGAUGCAGAUUUACCUGAGAAAGAAGUUACAGAAACUCCAAAAAUUAUUUUAAAUGAUGUUGUUAAUAAAGAAAUGACUCUUUCUGUUUCAACAUCUGGGGAUUUAAAAGUUAUAGACACUGAUGAAAAUCAGAAUAAUAUUGACGAUGAUACUGAUGGUUCCUGUAGUAAGGUUAUUCUGCGUAAAAAGACUGCUCCUGCAACAGACAGACCCUUAUCAGGAUUUGCAGAAAAAUUAGCAGAAUUAUUGGCAGAAGAAGAUGACUUGGAUUUUUUGGAUUCUGAUGAAGAAUUACAAGAGUCACUUGAAAAAAUAAAAACCAAUUUUGGACCAAAAAGAAAAAUUAGUAUUGAAGUUAAUAACAUGCAAAGAAGAUUUAGCGAGAAAGAAAUUUGUGAUUAUCAUUCAACAAAUUUAAAAUCUAAAGUGGCUGUUAAGCUUCGUAACAAACAAAAUAAAUUUAAGGGUGAUCGACCAAUGAGUCUGUAUGAACAAGACAUGUUGGCUGAUAUUUUAAAUGAUGAAGAUGAUGAUGAAGAAGAAGAAAAUGAUGAUGAGAUCAAAAGCAAUGAGGAAUAUUCUGAUGAAGAAACUGAAGAAGAGGAAGAUGACGUGUUAGAAGAUGAAAUUUUGCCAGUAAAAGAAACCGCUGUGUUGUUAGAAAAUACAAUACCGUUUACGCCAGUCACGUUAAAUUUUUCUGUAACUAACGACUAUGAAGUUCAACUUGAUGAAGUAACAAGAGGUCCAAGGAAAAUAUCCAUGGCUGCUCUUGGAACAGGGAAGCCUCCCUCUUUACAACGAGCAGUUGUUAUUGAUACAGGCUGUGGUGCGAUUAAAGCAGGUUUUUGUGGAGAUGUGAAGCCGCAAUGUUAUUGUCCAUCUGUGAUUGGUGUCCCAAGAAGGUUCUCGCAAGAUGUUAGCAAAAUGAAGAAAGCAUAUUACGUUGGAGAUGAAGCAUGGCCCAUGGCUGGCAUGCUACAAAUUGAGCAUCCAAUCAAACAAAACAUUACAAAUUGGCCUGAUGUGACCAACAUGAUAGAAUAUGUAUUGGAGCACGAGCUAAAAGUGAAUGACAAUCAGCAUCCAGUCCUAAUGACGGAAAUGGGACUUACCUCCAAAAAACACAGGGAAAGACUUUCUGAGGUAAUGUUUGAGACAUUUGGAGUUCCUGCGUUUUUCCUUGCUAAUCAAUCCAGCCUUGCUAUGUAUUCCAUGGGUAUGAUGUCAGGCAUUUGUCUCAAUUCUGGUUUCUAUAACACCCAAGCCACUGCAAUCUACGAAGGGCACUCCAUCCCACAUGGCACGAUUCAACUCGAUAUUGGUGGUGACCACGUGACUAACCAGUUAGGGCGUGCACUUUUAGCCAAUCAAGGCAUAGGUUUUAAUACUUCAUCUGAAAAGCUGGUAUUGAAUUCUAUGAAGCAAAGUUUAUGUUACGUUGCAGAAGACGCUAAAAUUGAGCAAGAAUCCUAUAAAACGAAGUUGGACAAAUACGAAAUGUAUACGCUGCCUGACGGACAAGAAAUUGAAUUAGGUGCCGAAAGGUGUUUAGCUACGGAGAUUUUAUUUGAUCCUCAGAUGCUUGGACUUCAUCAACCAAACACAGCUGAACUUAUCGAGCAAAGUAUAAAAAGUAUGGACGUCGAGCUUCACUCCCUGUUAUCGCAAAAUGUUCUUGUAACUGGAGGAAAUUCGAAACUGUCUGGUUACGGAUCACGUCUCGAGAAGGAACUGUUACAACUACUCCGCGACGCGGAACAUGAUAUUUGUAUCAAUUAUGCAGACGAUCCAUUGCUGUCUUCCUGGAUAGGAGGCUCAAUUUUAUCCUCGAUUUCGGUAUUUAGAGAUCAGUGGGUCACUAUUGAUCAAUACGCAGAACAGGGCGCCAAAGUUGUGCACACUGUUUGUUUCUAGGCGCCGGGUGGUAUUAAAUUUACGCCAUUAUGUUGUUUAUGGCGUGGCGUUAGCAAAUUCUAGCUGUAUAGCUGUAGUGCAAAAGAUUCUUCUGUAUUCAAAGAGAUGCAGUAUCGAAUACUGAAUUCGAUCUAUUAUUGUAAUGGAAAUUGUUAUGAAAAAUUCGAGUAGACUGUAGACUACAGAUAUAAUGCUGGAAACAAAAGUGCAUCGAGUAGCUUCUUAAUACAAAUGAUUUCAAUGGGUUUUCGAUGCACUGAUUAGUACAAAAAUAUGUAUAUAUAAAUGACCAUAUAUUAGUGCUUUUUCUUUUUCUAUUUUUCUAAUAUUUUUAUUGUAAAUCUUUUUGUUUAGUUAUGUUUGCUUUUUGCUCUGUGGCUAGCUGUGCUCUUAUCCGUCACGAAAAUUGAAGCAAAUUCACUUCGGAGUGUUAUCCGCAAAAAAAACUAGGUCCCAGUCUUUAGCGCGCAACAGAGUUAAACAUUUGCCUCGUUCAUCCCUGACCUAUUUAACAGGUUUUACAGUAUAUAAAUCUUAUCAAACUAACACGCUUAUAGAGACGACUUUUGUGUGUAAACUUCAAAAUUUAGAUUCACAAUGUGGGGAGGGAGUUUAAUAAUAUAUUAUGUGAAGUAGUUUUGUAUAAGCAUAGUAGAUAUGCGAGAUAUUUUUAGUUUCUUAGAUAUGAUGUAAUUGAAAUAACUGUUAUUGUUUUCGCGUUUGAAUGGUAUUAUGGAAUACAAAAAUAAUUUAUGAUUUUGAUUAAAAUAUAUAAUGUUUCUAGAUGAAACAAAGUGCAACACAA